GCCUGUAGAGAUUGACCGUGGUUGUACUUUUCGUUCCGCAGGGAGGAGUCCGCCGUUAGUUUCUGUAGGAAAGUGGCGUGUUUCUUGAAUUAUAUGUGCUCCCACGACAUGUACGGCGCCAUGUGUCCAUAAUGUAGUCCGUGUGAGCUGCCUGCGUGAAGCUAUCGACCAGUGACCGGGCGAUAAUCGAUCAAACACCGAAGGAAACUGACGGAACAGGAAGGCGGAACAAGAUCACAGAACCACAAACUGACACCGUCCAUAACAAAACUCUUCACUGGUCAUUUACUCAACCCUUUGACUCUGAGAGUAAAUAAUUCACCUGAAGCGUUCAAACACAUCACCAGCCGCUGUAGCCGCCAGCGCAUACAACCAUGUCCAUGGCGCUGAAACAAGUCUUCAACAAAGACAGGACAUUCCGGCCCAAGCGUAAGUUUGAGCCUGGGACGCAGCGCUUCGAUCUGCACAAGAAGGCCCAGGCCUCACUGAAUGCCGGGCUGGACCUGAAGCAGGCUGUGCAGCUGCCCCACGGCGAGGACCUCAACGACUGGGUGGCCGUCCACGUGGUCGACUUUUUCAACCGCAUCAACCUCAUCUACGGCACCAUCAGCGACUCCUGCACCGACCAAACCUGCCCCAACAUGUCCGGCGGGCCCAAGUACGAAUACCGCUGGCAGGACGAGCACAAGUACAAGAAGCCAACCGCGCUGUCGGCCCCCAAGUACAUGAGCCUGCUCAUGGAUUGGAUCGAGGUACAGAUCAACAAUGAGAACAUCUUCCCCACCAACGUCGGUACUCCAUUCCCUAAGACCUUCAUGCAGGUGGCUAAGAAGAUUUUGUCUCGUCUGUUCCGGGUGUUUGUCCACGUCUACAUCCACCACUUUGACCGCGUGAGCCAGAUGGGGGCGGAGGCUCAUGUCAAUACCUGCUACAAGCAUUUCUAUUACUUUGUCGUUGAGUUCAACCUGACUGACCACAAAGAGCUGGAGCCUCUGAAAGAGAUGACCUCUCGGAUGUGCCACUGAGAGGAGCCCAGCGGAGCCGUAGACACACGCCGGACUCACACACACCCAUCCGUCCAUCUAGAGGACUGCAGCAGAGAACAAACAAAUUCAGAAAAAGAGUCUAUUUUUGUAUUUAAGUACUGUAAUCUAUUUUAGCCACAUACUGUAGGUUUUAACCAAGAGCCUUGUCAUGUGAGUCGUUCUGUUCCUUUCAAACAUUUUAUCAGAGCACAGUAUUAAGAGGUCUAUGUUUGUGUUGACGUUUUUUUUUUUUGUUUUGGCUUGUUUUUCUAUUUUAUUUGAAUCUCAAUCAUUCCAUGAUGCUUCGGUCUUUCUUUCCGUAAAAAAAAUGAUCUAAAAUUAGUACGAUUUCUUAAUGUAAAUCUAUAAAAUCACUAUGUCGCUAUAUUAAAAUGAUUACUCUUA